ACUUGGUUGCACUGUGUUUCAGCUGUUUUUGACAAAACAAUAACAUCUGACUGCAUAUAAAGGCAAAUAAAUUUUUUAUAUCAAUCCACAGUGAUAUAUCAAACAUUUAUUCUGAAUAAACUCACAACUCUUGGCGAAGAAUUUCUUCAGUUUUACAAUGUUGGAAACCUGCCAAAGACGCCACAUGCUGCUGGGUCUCAGUCUAUUGGUGGCUGCAACCGUUGUUGUUUUAAUUAUUGAGUCCCGUUUCCCCACCAGUGAGAAUACUCGACGUUCUCGAGCUCAACAGUUCGUCAUUGAAAACAAUUCCACUUGCUGGCAGCGCGAAGAAUAUAGCGUCAUACAGGAGUGUCAUCCAUGCACAGAGUUCGACAUUGUAAGCAAAAGUCUUGGUGUGUGUAUACACACGCAUUACAAGGAAGUGCUGCGGUGUAAAAGUGGAGAAACUGUGACGCGUAGUUGCGAUCGUGUUGCUCUUAUCGACCAACGAAAUUUCAUUAAAUUUGAGAUUACAUGCUUUUGCAUAGGCUCACUCAGCUACCUAGUUUCAUAUGCAAGAGAUCGAAUAUUAGCACGAAGAACUCAUUUGAAAAUUGAACGACAAUUGAAUCGCAUGCAAUAACAUUAAAAGAUUUCUGUAUUGCUAUUUUAGGUCACUGGAACGAAAGAUGUGAACGUGUAGGUAUUAAAGUUAUGAGAUUUUAUCACUAAGUUAACUGAAUUAAGAAAAAAUAUGGAAGUAAUGCUUCUUAGAAAUACAAAUUGUUCUUGGUUGAUUUUACGAACAUUUCUUGCAGACUAUUGAUUAUAAAUAAUUUGUGAUUUAAAAUGAUA